GAUGGAGCAUCCGGUGGUUGCCGAGGAUGGUUUCACCUAUGAGAGGGAAGCCAUUGCAGAGGCCCUUCAGCGCCGACCCCGGAGCCCGAAGACUAACGCGGAAAUGGGGAGCAGGGUCGUGCCUAACCAGGACAAGAAGGCAACCAUCAUCAACUACAAGGAGAAGACUGUCCAGGAGAUCAUGUCAGUUGCUGCGUCCGUCCCCAGUGGCCAUGCUUUGAAACUGCUGCACAGGGCUGAGUCCUUCAUCCGACCUCUGCUUCCGGACCGCAGUGCGCAAGCUAAGCUUGUGAAGCUGCUGCAGUUGAAAGCUAGUUUGCCCGCAAUGUCGCGUGGCACGGCAGUCAAGGAGCUUCUGGACAUGUUGUCGAAUCAGCCAGGGGACAGCACAGUCAGAGACUUGUUGAGCAACUUCGAGGCAUGGGACGUGGGCUUUCAAGCCACGGCACGGCGGCCACCUCUGCUCCCUUGCCAUGAGGUGGGAGAUGUGAAAAUCACAGGGGUCUUGGACAAGGAGUGCGCGACCAGAUUGGCAGCGCGCUGGCAGACUACUGAUGGCGCAGAGGCGCUGUGGAAGUUUGCACUUGAGCUUGGUUCAUCAGCUGACCCUGGAGUUUGGCUGGGAGGGGCUGCAUUGGUCCUGGCAGCGGUCCACGGCAAAGUGGUGGUUGACCUGCCGGCGCUUCCCGACUCGCUGCUGGCAAGCGCCGUGUCGCUGUUGAAAACGCCGCUGGAUGCAGCAGCCCUUGCCUUGGAAGUGUUCAAGUGCGACUUCGGCCUCGCAUUUGACACGCAAACAUGCUCAUGCUCAUUGGCGUCGCUGUUGUGGGAGCAGGCAAGGCGCUGUGAAUCAGAUCCUUCUGCGCAGGAGCCACUCUUGAUUGAAGCUUUUAUGGCUGAUGAGGAAAAUUCUGAUGUUCGAGGCGCUUUGCUAAAGCUACUGCUUCAGCAUUUGGAAGGUGGAACGCUGGACAAGGAAGAUGUCCUGUUGAAACUGCUCUUCUUUGAGCACAACCAAGUGCCAAAGAAGUUGCUGUCAAAGCUGUCGCUUGCUGCAGAGCAUGUUCGGGUCUUGGAGCCAGCAUCUUGUGUAACUCUCGCCAACCAGUUGCAGGAAGAAGGUAGGCCUGAGGAUGGUGCCAAGGUUGCCGUCAUCGCUGCGGAGGCCUUUGAUGCCUGUGGGAGCAAGGAAGAAGCGCAGAGCAGUUACAUUCUAGCAUACAACAUGGAUCGUCGGAAUCCAGAUGCUGCGCAUGGGGUCGUUGAGAGCUGUGCCUACGCUAGCAGAACCUGUGAAGAGUUGAGGGAGCAGCUGGCAGGGCAGCAGGAAAUGAUGGAGCAGCUCGAAGGACAGCAGGAAACAAUCGAAGAGCAGAACGAAAGAAUCAACUCUCUCGACAAAGAAAUCAGUGACCUGAAAAUCGAGGCUGCCUCCAUGAAGAAGGAACUUGAGAAUAGCAAAGUGCUGACAGCUGUCCGUGGCUUCACUUGGGAUUUAUCUUCAGAAGAUUUCUCGGCCUUUCAGAGGGGUCAGGUUAAAAACAGCCCAAAGGUCUAUUUGCCGGGGCUGGGCAUCAAAAUCUGGUUGCAGUACUAUCCGCAGGGUGCAUCUGAUUCACCGGUCGGACGGGCGGCCCUUUACCUGGCCCGCUCUGCAAAAGCCAGAGUCUGCGCUACAAUUUCUGUGGAUUCAGUUGAUCGUGACAUUACCAUUCCCAUUGAUCUAUACCAACACCAGGGAUUCGGAAACCCAAGCUUCAUCCGUGUCGGGCAGCAUGAGAAAAUUUCCGUCAUCAUCAAGUCCGUCCAGCUCGAAGGUUCUAAGAUUGAGUACCUCUUCUGA